CCCGCUGAACCAAAUUACCUUCUUUCAACAAGGAUGAACCUACAAUGGCUAUCCCCGGUGGAUCUUCAAGAGCAAGAUGGCCGCAGCAGCUCCUAUGCGGUUGACACUCAAGACGCACGGUCCGACCUCGGUAUCACGUCUUCAAACCACCUUCACCACGGAUAUGAACUUCUUCUGCCUCUAUCGGAGACUUCAAUUGAAGGCCUUAGAGGCAGCUCAGCUCGAGGGUCCACAGAUGCAACCCCCCAGGCGCUUUACAGCACCGCGCUUAGCGCUUUAUUGGACAUGUGUGAGCCCAGCCGUGCGUCGCACGCAGACAAUCCCAACACGUUGCAACAGAUUCAGUCGUAUCCGGAGCGACCGCCACAGCUACCACCACCACCACCACAACACCAACAACAACAGCAGCAAUCAGCUACACAGCCGCAAGAACUGCAUAUCUUACUUCAGGAAAUUGAAGAACGUCCCUCGCAGCUGCCUCAGCUACAGCACCAGCGCCAGUACUCCCCGGAGUUACAGGGUCUAUUGAAUCAACGGGAGCGCAUUCAGCAACAGGCGAAAGAACUGCUGGAGCAAGACCGGCAGCUGGCGUUUGUUCUGUUCAGGGCUAUUUAAUGACGGUACCUAAUAGAAUCCUUUACUCAUCUGCGAACUUUUGUCUAUGAAGGCGAUGGAGUCAUCCGAGUCAUCGUCUCAGGAAUGGGGGCCAUCCGAUUCAUCUGCGA